ACCGAGGCAGGCAGGCAUAAGCCAGCAAUCGACAAAUUAAAAAAAAAAAAAAGGAAAAAAACCUAAUUUGUAAGAAAGAGGGCAUAUUGUCGGACAGUGGUAGUAAAGGAAGAAAAAAUGGAGGCUAUCUAGCAUCAAUGUCAAUAUCAUCCACCACUCUGCCAAGUGCUUGCCAUUGCAGCGAAGCCCUAGCUUUUGUCUUCUUAUACUCAUGGCCGCUUCUUCCAUCUCCCUCACCCCAUUCCUCGCCUCUGAUCUCAACGACGUCGGUUUAACUACUGGGAGUUUCUCGGCAACAUUUGGGCGUUCGGGGUUCUGCAGCCGAGUGUCACUGAGAAAACGAUUGUUGUGUUCGGAGAACUUAAAAUUGAAUUGUUCGACUGGUAGAGAGAUGGAUCUUAGUGCCUCAGCUUUGGCUGAUGGUGUUGUGGAGUGCAUAAAUGAUAUUGAGCAACAAGAGCCAAGCAUAUCAACGAUCCUGAUGAAUUUUGAGAACAAGUUUGAUCCUUUUGAAGCAGUCAGUACUCCGCUUUACCAAACGGCUACCUUUAAGCAGCCUUCAGCAAUAGAAAAUGGCCCAUAUGAUUAUACCAGAAGUGGAAAUCCUACACGAGAUGUUUUGGAAAGCCUUUUGGCAAAGCUUGAUAAAGCAGAUCGUGCAUUUUGCUUCACUAGUGGAAUGGCUGCUUUGGCUUCUGUAGGCCAUCUUGUUGGGACUGGUCAGGAGAUCGUUGCUGGAGAUGAUCUCUAUGGUGGUUCUGAUAGGCUGCUGUCAAAAGUACUUCCAAAGACAGGGGUCGUGGUUAAACGAGUGAAUACAAGUGAUUUGGAUGAGGUUGCUUCUGCAAUUAGCCCCCGGACAAAGCUUGUGUGGCUUGAGAGUCCCACAAAUCCUCGGUUAAUGAUUUCUGAUAUUCGUAAAAUAUCAGAAAUAGCUCAUGCUCACAGUGCUUUCGUGUUGGUGGAUAACAGUAUAAUGUCCCCUGUAUUGUCACGGCCACUUGAACUAGGAGCCGACAUUGUUAUGCACUCGGCAACGAAGUUCAUAGCAGGACACAGUGACUUGAUGGCAGGUGUACUGGCUGUAAAAGGAGAAAGCUUGGCAAAAGAAUUGUACUUUCUACAAAAUGCAGAAGGGUCUGGAUUAGCUCCAUUUGACUGUUGGCUAUGUCUGCGGGGAAUCAAGACUAUGGCCUUACGAGUUGAGAAGCAACAGGAUAAUGCGCAAAAAGUUGCUGAAUUUCUUGCCUCCCAUCCACGAGUCAAAAAGGUUAACUAUGCUGGUCUUCCUGAUCAUCCUGGACAUGCGUUACAUUAUUCCCAGGCAAAGGGUGCAGGAGCUGUGUUGAGCUUCUUGACAGGCUCAGUGGCAUUAUCAAAGCAUAUUGUUGAGACUACCAAGUACUUCAGCAUAACCGUCAGCUUCGGGAGCGUGAAGUCCCUAAUAAGCAUGCCCUGCUUCAUGUCUCAUGCAAGUAUACCGGCCGAAGUGCGGGAGGCCCGAGGUCUAACCGAAGAUCUGGUUCGAAUCUCUGUUGGAAUUGAAGAUUUGAAUGAUCUGAUUGCUGAUUUAGACAACGCCCUUAGAACUGGACCUGCCUGAGGAUGUUCAGAAAUUUCAGCUCAGCAGUUGUACAAGGAUUUGCAUCCGCUACAAAAAUGUGUGCAGAUAUGCUCGGAUCGAUUGAAGCUGCAUAAACAAUAAGUGUUUGCAUUCAUCACUAACUUAAUUUCUGAAGCAGGAUAUCCGACGACAGCAAGUACUUUUUGAGUGAGAUUUGAUUUUUAACCAAGCUUACUGCUGCUGUCUGUAUAUAUUUUGCUCUCUCUAAAAUAUUGAAGUCUGGUCUUUUGAGUUUUUCUUCUUCGGGUAAAAGACUCGGAU